CUUAUCUUGUAGAAAGUAAGAAUCGGUCUUAUAAUUUUACGUUUAUAAAGUCUGGGUUCUUGCAAUCUGUGACUUCGUUCGACUAGUUUUGGUUCAAGAAUUUGAAGAUGGAAGAAUUUCAUUUUGUUCAACUAGUUUGUGUUGCCAGGAAUUGAUUUGGUUCUGAUUUUAAUGGAGUUGGAAACGAUAUCUUGUCUGACGUAUGAUAUAGUCAAUUCUAGGAUUGAGAUGAAGAGGUAGAAUUUCUUCAGUAGGUAGAUUGGUGGGCGUAAAAGUUCAGUCACAGAAUUUUCUUGGUCGGAUUUCGUCUUCCGGCCUAGUAUAUGGUUUGUUACCAGGGUCAAAUGAAUAUAGCACAAUGAAUGGAGAUAGUAGGAUCAUCGGUAGGUGGAUGAUGGAUGCUUCUAAUAACAUAUUUUCUGAGCUAGUUGGUGUACUAAAGUCAUGGCUCCCUUGGUUAUCGGAGCCUGCUAAUGUAUCACGAGAUUUUUGGAUGCCUGAUCAUAGCUGCAGGGUGUGUUAUGAUUGCGAUGCCCAGUUCACAUUAUUUAACCGUAGACACCAUUGUCGACUUUGUGGCCGAGUUUUCUGUGCCAAGUGUACGGGAAACUCAGUUCCUGCUCCAUCUUAUGACCCAAGGAUCCCCCUAGAAGAGCAGGAGACGGUGCGGGUUUGUGAUUAUUGUUUCAACCAAUGGAGGUAUGGCUUAAUUGCUAAUGAUGGUAGAGUGUGGGUGCCCAACCGAGCUCUUUGUUCCUCAAUGUUGGCCACUAGUUUUUACAGCACUAAAUCUAGUGGCCUCAGCUCACUGUCAUAUCGAACGGGACGAAAUCAACAUAUGCAACCUAGGUCUAUUGUCAGCCCUCGUUCUGCAAUGAAAAAAAGCAUGCGUAGACCUAGCCUGAAAACGCCAAGGUUUAGCAAAGAUCUUAUUAUGGACGCAGGAGAUUCAUCUUCAAACCAAUACGAGCUUUCAUGGAACAGCAUCGAGAUUGAUGAUGAGGACAUGUCUGAUUUCUCUGAAGAUAAUGGCUACUAUACACCUCUUAGUUUUGAUGAUAUGAGCAAUAAUGAUGGAUCGCAUAAAUUUCAUCUUGAAGGAGAAAAUGUUGGCUCAAAAAGUUCCAAAGGAAUAUUGACUCAAAAGGUUUGGAUUGAUGAAGAGGAUGAUGAGUACCGCAUAUAUCUGUCUGAUUCUGAGACAUUGCAUUACUCUGAUGACGACGAUGGCUACUACACUCCUAUCGACUUUGAUGACAUUAGCAAUGAUGAUGAGCCACAAGAAGUUCAUCCCGAUGGAGAAAAUAUCGACUCAAAAAGUUUAAGCAGUUCUCUAGUGAACCGGGUCCCUUCACCAAGUUCGGAAGCAAUAUCACAGCUUGUGAAGAAAGAUGAACGCGAUGGUUAUGAAUGUGAAGCAUCACCUUCUUUAUAUCCUGCCGAGCCAGUAGAUUUUGAAAAUGAUGGACCUCUUUGGCUCCCUCCCGAACCAGAAGAUGAAGAUGAUGAAAGUGCAGCUGGUCUGUAUGAUGACGAGGAUGAUGGGGAUGGUGCAGGAGACUGGGGGUAUUGGCACAAGACAAGCAGCUUCAGAAAUGGGGAAUCUCGCUCUAGGGAUAAGUCUACCGAGGGGCAAAAGAAAGUAACAAAGAAUAUUGUUGAUGUACAUUUUAGGGCUUUGAUUGCUCAGCUUUUACAGGUUGAGAAACUUCCUGUGGGUGAUGAAAAUAGUAAGGAUAGCUGGUUGGAGAUCGUCACCGCUCUUUCUUGGGAGGCUGCUUCGCUUUUGAAGCCAUACACAACCAAAGGGGGUGAGAUGGACCCUGGUGGAUAUGUUAAAGUGAAAUGCAUAGCUUCUGGGCAUCGCAAUGAGAGUAUGGUUGUCAAAGGAGUUGUUUGCAAGAAAAAUGUUGCUCAUCGCCGAAUGACUUCAAAAAUAGAGAAACCUCAAUUCAUGAUUCUUGGUGGAGCUCUUGAAUACCAGCGGGUCUCUAACCUAUUGUCAAGUUUUGACACUUUGUUGCUGCAGGAAAUGGAUCAUUUGAAGAUGGCUGUAGCAAAGAUAUAUGCACAUAAACCUAAUAUCCUUUUAGUAGAGAAAACGGUUUCUCGAUUUGCGCAGGAAUUUCUUCUUGAGAAAAACAUAUCACUUGUUCUCAAUAUCAAGAGGCCAUUAUUAGAACGCAUUGCACGCUGCACAGGUGCUCAAAUAAUCCCUUCAAUUGAUCAUCUGUUUUCUCAGAAUUUAGGCUACUGUGAAAAGUUCCAUGUUGAGAGGUUCAGGGAAGAUCUUGGCUCUGCUGGACAAGGAGGGAAGAAACUGGUGAAGACUCUAAUGUAUUUUGAAGGCUGCCCUGAGCCAUUGGGUUGCACUAUACUACUUAGGGGUGCAAAAGGAGAUGAAUUGAAGAAAGUCAAGCAUGUAGUUCAAUAUGGAAUUUUUGCAGCUUAUCACUUGGCUUUGGAGACAUCAUUUCUUGCCGAUGAAGGAGCCUCUCUACCAGAAUUCCCAACCUCUCCAAUGGUUGUGGCACUUCAGGAUAGCCCGUCAACCAUUGCAAGAUCCAUAUCAACAGUUCCCGACUUCACUUUUCCUGCCAAUAUGAAGUCUCCGGUGCCACAACAUUUUAGUGGACCACAAAGGGCUACCAGUGUUCCAUCGGCAAUCAUCAGUCGUAAUAUUCAGAAGAUAGAGGAAACUCCAGCAUCUUGUUUAAGUAAAGGUACAAACUUGUGGUCUGUACAGCCCACUUUGAAAGAGUCAAGUGCUCUUGUAUCAUCUACUUCUGAGAAAACUUCAGGUGUAUUUUCCAAGAAAAGUGAAAUGGGUACCAAAGAAUCCUCAAUUAGGGAAAUUGUUGUGGAUAAAAAUAAGUCAUCUUUCACGAAUAACGGUGUCCUUCCAUCUGAAUCUUUAGCACACAUGAAUUCAGAGGAUAAUAUCACAACAGUUGAACUUCAACCAGGUUGUUCAGAGGCAACAUCUGUGCAACAGAAUGGUAAAAACCAUAAUAACCAUUCUGAGGUAUCAAAACCAUUAAAAGAAGUGUUUCCUUCUGCACCUUCUGAUAAUCAGAGCAUUUUGGUAUCAUUAUCAUCCCGAUGUGUGAGGAAAGGGACUGUCUGUGAAAGAUCCCAUCUCUUUCGUAUCAAGUACUAUGGCAGUUUUGAUAAACCUUUGGGUCGGUUUUUGCGGGAUCGUUUAUUCGAUCAGAGUUACCAAUGCCCUUCUUGUGAAUUGCCUUCAGAAGCACAUGUUCACUGUUAUACUCAUCGGCAAGGAACACUAACCAUGUCUGUUAAGAAACUCCCUGAACUUUUCUUGCCUGGUGAAAAAGAGGGCAAGAUCUGGAUGUGGCAUAGAUGCUUGCAAUGUCCUAGGACCAAUGGUUUUCCUCCGGCGACUCGCAGAAGAGUGAUGUCUGAUGCUGCAUGGGGUUUAUCUUUUGGGAAGUUUUUGGAGCUUAGCUUUUCAAACCAUGCAGCUGCGAGCAGGGUUGCAAGUUGUGGCCAUUCUUUACAUAGAGAUUGUCUUCGUUUCUAUGGAUUUGGGAGAAUGGUGGCCUGUUUUCGGUAUGCAACAAUUGAUGUUCAUUCGGUAUACCUCCCGCCUCCAAAAAUUGAGUUUUACUAUGAGAAUCAGGAGUGGAUACAGUUAGAAACAGAUAAGGUGGCUAAACAGGCAGAGCUUCUGUUUUCUAAAGUACUAAAGUCCAUUGAUCAAAUUGCUGAAAAACAGAUUGACUUAGGGCCACCUGAUAAUAACACGAAAACAAACGAUUUUAGACAUCAAUUUGCUGAACUAGAGGGAAUAUUACAAAAGGAGAAGUUGGAGUUUGAGGAAUCAUUGCAAAAGGCUUUGAAAAGGGAAAUGAGAAAAGGACAACCUGUUGUAGACAUCCUUGAAAUUAAUCGGUUGCAUCGGCAAUUACUUUUCCAAUCUUAUAUGUGGGACCAACGUCUGGUUUUUGCAGCCAAAUUAGAAAGUUACAGCCCCCGUCAUUGUUUCAGCAAUUCAUUUUCAGGACAUGAGGAGAAAUCCGUUGUUGAUAUUGAUAAGCUCAAGGACAUGGAUAUGUCGGAACAUGGAAAAGGAUCUGAAUCUGGUGACUCACCUGUGGUGGAUGCAAAGCUCAAUGCUAAUCAGUCAGAUGCAGUCCAUCAAGAACCAAACAUGAACGGAAAUUCAAAUUGCGAAAAAAAAGACUGCAACAAUCUUUCUGCUAGCCAAAGCAUGUUUGAUCAAUAUGGCAAUGAGAAACCGAAGGCAAAUGUUCGCAGGGUCAUGUCUGAAGGCCAGUUUCCUGUCCUAGAAAAUUUGUCAGAUACCCUUGAUGCUGCUUGGACUGGAGAAAUUCAGCGAGGACCUAUAUUAUCCAAGAAAAAUUCAUUUUCACUUCCUGAUAUUGGUGCUGUGGAUUUGGAAGACCGUUCUGAGGAAAAUAUUGUGCCAAAGGUUUAUGGUUCUCCUUCCCCUGCAUUGUUCAGUAUAGGUUCUGAAAAUAUGGAAGAAUUCGUAAACUGGUUAAAAAUGCCUUUCUUGAGCUUCUACCGUUCAUCGAACAAAAACUUUUUUGGAAGUUCUUCAAAGCUUGAUGCAUUGCAUGUGUAUGAUCAGUUAAAUAUUUCAUCAUUUAGAGAAUUGGGACUACAAGGUGGGGCUAGGCUGCUUCUUCCAGUGGGUGUUAAUGACACUGUCAUUCCAGUUUAUGAUGACGAGCUCACAAGCACCAUAUCGUAUGCUCUAGUAUCACCUGAAUAUCAUUUUCAGAUAAGUGACGAUGGCGAUAGACCUAAAGACUGGGGGGAGUCCAUGUCUUCAUUGUCCUCCGAUUCAGUGUAUUCUCAGUCGUUCCAAUCUGUUGACGAUAUGCCUUUUGAUCCUCAUAGAAGUUUUUGUUCCGCAGAUGACCCUACUAGAAGCCGAAGCUCCGUCAUUAUGGACCCACCCUCUAGUUUGAAGUCUUUGCAUGUCCGGGUGUCAUUUGGAGAUGAUGGGUCAGAUAAAGUGAAAUAUACGGUUACUUGUUACUAUGCAAAGUGGUUUGAAACAUUAAGGAGAGUAUGUUGCCCAUCAGAGCUAGAUUUCAUACGAUCUCUGAGUCGCUGUAAGAAGUGGGGAGCUCAGGGUGGAAAGAGCAAUGUUUUCUUUGCAAAGACCUUGGACGAACGGUUUAUCAUUAAACAAGUCACAAAGACAGAGUUGGAAUCAUUUACAAAAUUUGCACCUAAAUACUUCAAGUACAUGUCUGAAGCAAUUAGAUCUAGAAGUCCAACAUGCCUGGCAAAGAUUCUCGGUGUUUAUCAAGUUACAACAAAGCAACCUAAAGGAGGGAAAGAAUCAAGGAUAGAUGUUUUGGUUAUGGAGAAUCUUCUGUUUAGGAGAAGUGUCACGCGGCUAUAUGAUCUCAAAGGAUCUUCUAGAUCUCGUUAUAAUCCCGAUUCUAGUGGAAGCAACAAUGUUCUGCUAGAUCAGAACUUGAUUGAAUCAAUGCCGACUAACCCCAUUUUCGUGGGUAAUAAAGCGAAGCGUGUGUUGGAAAGAGCAGUCUGGAAUGACACUGCUUUCCUAGCAUCGAAUGACUUGAUGGAUUACUCUUUACUGCUUGGAGUGGAUGAAGAGAAGCAUGAGUUAGUUAUCGGAAUCAUCGAUUUCUUGAGGCAGUAUACAUGGGACAAGCAUCUUGAAACUUGGGUGAAGGCUUCAGGCAUCCUUGGCGGGCCGAAGAAUGCAUCGCCAACCGUGAUUUCACCUGAACAAUACAAGAAGAGGUUCAGGAAAGCAAUGUCAACGUAUUUUCUAAUGAUCCCAGAUCAGUGGUCUCCUCCUACCGUUUCAAGCAAAUCUCAGUCAAAUACAGGUCAAGAGAACAGUCAACGUUCUGUCUCCACCAAGUGAUUCUGUGAGUCUGGCAUUGAACAUUCAAACUAUAAUCUGGGGUUUAGCUCUUCCAUUCUAUUUCUUUUUAUAGUUCAUAUGAUUCUUUCAAUUUUUUCGAUUCUUUUGAAGGGUAGUUUUCCAUUAACACCAAAAGAUAUUCAUAAUUAUGUUGUUAGUAGAUGCAAAAACAAGGCUCUCUAAAGCCAUGGGAAUAUCUGUCAAAGGUCCAAUAUUUCUUGUCCGCAGCAGGAAAGUUUUGUACAAAUAUUCUUUGAUUUAGCGUUUUAUCAUGUAGUGUGUCUUUGUCAACCUUUUCUUUUUCAUGUAUCACAAUGAAUUAGAAGAAUUCUGGAGUCUUUCAUAUGUUCUUUAUUUCUGGGUUCAUUGCUCAUUCAGAAUCAAGUGAUCCUUUAGAAUAAUAGU